CAGGCUCAAAUCGACACGACACAACAGCGUCAGUGUCCGCACAGUUGCGCAGUUGAUAUUGGUAACCAAAGGUGGCUGCAAGUCUGCUCAAAUUGGUCUUCUGCAUCAGCUGCUAAAAGGAUUUAAAACGCUAUCAUGGCGUCAAAUGAUUAUGCUCAAACCUCAAGCCAUGGUUAUGGUGGUUAUGGAGGACAGUCCAACCAGAGUUACAGUCAACCCCCUGGCCAAAACUACAGCCAGCAGAGCUUAGGAGGAUACAGCCAAAACUCAGAGAGCAGCUCUGCUCCUUAUAAUCAGAGUGGAUAUGGCUCCAAUUAUGGACAGUCCCAGUCAGGAGGAUAUGGGUCUCAGCCCCCCUCUCAGGGCUAUAAUCAGUCCAGUCAGUCAUACAGCUCUGGAGGCUACAAUAACAGCAGCCAGCCUCCACCAGCUCAAAGUGGAGGCUACAACCAGCCGUCUUCGUACUCAGGCUAUAACCAGCAUCAGUCUUCUACUUCAUCUGCCUCUGGUAACUAUGGCAGCAGCUCCCAGUCUUCUGGCUACGGUCAGCAGCAACAGCAGCAGGGUGGGGGUGGUUACGGUGGUAAUGGGGGUCAGUCUGGAGGAUAUGGGAGCAGUGGAGGACAGAGCAGUGGAUACGGGAGUAGCGGGGGCCAACACCAGUCCUCUCAGCAUGGAGGAGGGCCUUACAACCAAUCUCCCAACUACAGCUCACCUCCGCCUCAAAACUAUGGGCAACAAAAUCAGUACGGACAGGGAGGUUACAACCAGGAUUCCCCACCACUGAGCGGUGGUGGUGGAGGAGGAGGAAGAGCCUAUGGUGGUCAGGAUGGUGGAUAUAGCCAGGAUGGAAGAGGUGGACGUGGCCGCGGAGGUGGAGGUGGCUUUGGAGGUCGAGGAGCGGGUGGGUUUGACAGAGGUGGUCGUGGAGGACCUCGUGGCAGAGGAGGAAUGGGAAUGGGCGAUCGUGGAGGAUUCAAUAAGUUUGGUGGGCCCAGGGAUCAUGGAGCUGGUGGGCCCAAUAUGCAGGAGCCGGAUAACUCUGACAACAACACCAUCUUUGUGCAAGGUCUUGGAGACAACUAUACUGUGGACUCAGUUGCAGACUUCUUCAAACAGAUCGGCAUUAUCAAGAUCAAUAAGAAGACAGGAUUGCCCAUGAUAAAUCUUUAUACAGACAGAGAGACAGGGAAGCUUAAAGGGGAGGCUACUGUUUCCUUUGAUGACCCCCCUUCAGCAAAAGCAGCCAUCGAUUGGUUUGAUGGUAAAGAUUUUAAUGGAAAUCCAAUCAAGGUGUCCUUCGCCACUCGCAGAGCUGAAUUUGGACGCGGCGGUGGUGGCGGCGGCAUGAGAGGUGGUCGUGGUCGAGGAGGGCCAAUGGGCCGUGGGGGAUUUGGAGGAGGCAGAGGUGGUGGUGGCUUCCCAGGCAACAAUGGCGGUGGUGGCAGUGGUGGUGGUGGUAGCAGUGGUGGCCAGCAAAGAGCAGGAGAUUGGAAAUGUUCAAAUCCAACAUGCGGUAAUUUGAACUUCUCAUGGCGAAAUGAGUGCAAUCAGUGCAAGGCUCCCAAACCGGAAGGAAGUGGAGGAGGAAUGUCACCGGUAGGAGGUGGUUUUGGUGGAGACCGGGGCAGAGGCGGUUUCGAUCGAGGUGGUUUCCGUGGUCGUGGUGGUGAUCGAGGGGGCUUCAGGGGAGGGAGGGGAGGUGACCGGGGAGGAUUCGGACCCGGCAAGAUGGACUCAAGGGGGGAUCACAGGCAUGACCGCAGAGACCGGCCUUACUAAUGGGAAAUUCUUUGUCCAAAUAAGAUUUUAAUUCUGUGUGGGACCAGUAUUCACUCCACUUCAACACUUGUUACCUUCUUCAUUAUGUUUUGUGUUGUAUGUUGUUAAAAUAAGUGUUUUUGUUUUUAGUUCUGGUAACAUAAUUUUUUGUA